AUGAGAGAGGAUGACCCUGGUUCCUUUGAAUCUGGACUUCUCGUCUUCGUCUUCAUCGUCUUCAUCGUCCACUCCGUCUACUUCCUCGACUUCCUCGACUUCUUCGACUUGGUCUGCUCGUCUGGCCGCAAGUUUCAAUGCGAGCAGCGACGGUCAGGCAGCAGCAGCUCGUCCCGUUUCAAUGGCAGCCAAUGA